AUGGACACCAAGCUGGCCCGUGAGCAGGGCAGGGUGUGCCAACCGGAGCCGCAGGGCCACGUGUCCAAGUCCCCAGACAACCUGGGGGCAGCAACCUCAGUCGGCCGGCACCGCACACCCUAUCCCCGGGGCCGGGGCUACAGAUGCAGCCCCACCCGGCACAGUAGCCCUGGGACUGGUCUGGGACAGAGGGUCUGGGCGCGGCUCCACCUGGGUCCUGGCCUGACGGCCCCAAGGCCGACGCCCCCAUGGGUGAGGACGGCUGGGGAGUGGGCGGCGAGCCUCAGGCCCGGCCUGGGCUGA